AUGGCAUCGAAGUCAGUCAAAGAGACCGCCAGCAAUGCGGCCGCCUCAGCUAAAGAGGCCUCCAAAGCCGCCAUCGAGAACCCAUCUCAAGCCACCCAAAACAUCCUGCACAGCCCGUACAUGCGACUCGCCCUCCCCUUCGUCAACGGCGGCCUCGCCGGCAUGACGGCAACCGUAGUAAUCCAGCCCGUCGACAUGGUCAAAGUGCGCCUGCAGCUCGCCGGCGAAGGAGCAAAGACCGGCCCCCGUCCCACCGCGCUCGGCAUCACUCGCGAGAUCAUUGCCUCGGGUAAAGCCUUGGAUCUAUACACCGGCCUCUCGGCCGGUCUCCUCCGCCAAGCCGUCUACACAACCGCGCGUCUGGGCUUCUUCGAUACAUUCAUCAAGAAGCUCAACGCCCGCGCCGAAGCCGCAGAGCGCAAAGUCACCUUUGCCGAACGUGCCGCCGCAGGCCUCUCCGCAGGCGGCAUCGCCGCGAUGAUUGGAAACCCGGCGGAUCUCGCACUGGUCCGGAUGCAGUCCGACGGCCUGAAGCCGCGCGAAGCCCGGGCAAACUACCGAUCCGUGUUCGACGCCCUGGUCCGAAUCCCGCGCAACGAAGGCGUCGCCGCGCUGUGGGCCGGCGCUUUGCCGACCGUCAUCCGGGCCAUGGCCCUGAACAUGGGCCAGCUGACCUUCUUCGCGGAAAGCAAAGCACAGCUGAAGCAGCACACGACCCUGUCUGCGCAGAACCAGACAUUUGCGGCGUCCGCGAUCGCCGGUUUCUUCGCUAGUUUCCUCUCCUUGCCGUUCGACUUUAUCAAGACCCGGCUGCAGAAGCAGCAGAAGGAUCCCAAGACGGGCCAGCUGCCAUACAAGGGUGUGCUAGACUGCGCGCGCAAGGUUGUCGCCGAGGAAGGCUGGAUGCGCUUUUACCGUGGCUUUGGAACAUACUACGUUCGGAUCGCUCCUCAUGCCAUGGUCACUCUCAUCGUCGCCGAUUAUUUGAACCUCAUCACCAGAUAG